AGAGCCACUCCCAAGUUCCAGGUGCUGAGGCAGAAAGCGUGCCCCGCGGGGACUCUUGAUAGGGGACUCCCUUUGGCCCUGGGCUCCGUCGGAACCCUACAAAAGCAAAAGUUCUCACCCAGGCGCAAGCCAGACGCUAAGUGUCUUCCUUAUGGGAAGGACAAGGGUCAGGAGUCCCGGAUAACGAAGGGACCCAGGAGUGUACGGCCAGAUUGCCUCCUUGAAGGGCUUCCUGGGUUUUAGUGAACUUUCCAGCUCUAAAGGCCGAGGGUGGUAGGCCAGAGACCUAGGAAAAACCGAGGACAGGUGAAGCCUGUAGCUCCCAGCGUUGGCUGCAUGGUGACUGAGGUCGCUAGGGAACGUGUCGCUUCUCUCUUGGGGGAAGACCAGUGAGGCAAUGACCCUCCCCUCUUCAUGAGCUAUGGACAGCGGCUGAUACACUGAGGAAAAGGAGGAUGGAUGGAUGGUUUGGGUCAGAAGACCCGGGCUCAGAAGUCAUAGUUUGACUGCUGUGUUUGGAGGACACAAACAGGACUCUAAAAAUGGGGUGGGCCAGAGGCCCUGUUCCACCCUGUUGCAGGACAGACCUGUGGCUUCUGCAGGCCUUGUGGCUGGUUGGUUUUCUCUGCUGAAGGGUCAGCACUCCUCCAGGCCCUGGCGGCAUCAUUGUUUCCUAAGCCAUUCGUGGGAGCAGGGGUAGAACUGUGGGAUAGAGGCAGUCCUCGGAACCUUCUGCGCUGGGGCUGCUGCUGUCUGCCCAGCUUUCCCAUCCCAGCUGAAGACCUCAACAACCUUCCUCAGCCUACCCAUCUGUGGUUUGUGGCCUGAACCCUGUGGUUCACUACCAGCUGGCCCCCACCACAUCAGAUGUGAGAUUCAGCACAAACACCCAGCACACAGUGAGGACCCGCAACGGACCCCUGCCUACCAUGAACAAGAUGAAGAACUUCAAGCGAAGGCUGUCCCUGUCCGUGCCUCGCCCAGAGACCAUUGAGGAGUCCUUGACUGAGUUCACCGAGCAGUUCAACCAGCUCCACGCCCAGAGGAAUGAGGAUGGUGGGGACGAGCCCGGGCAGCUGUCCCCAGGUGAGCAGUAUCAACAACGGCAGAGCCAGCGCCGCUUCUCCAUGGAGGACCUCAACAAGAGGCUAUCUUUGCCCAUGGAUAUCCGCCUGCCCCAGGAAUUCCUGCAGAAGCUACAGCUGGAAAGCCCAGGGCUGCCCAAACCACUUACCCGAAUGUCCCGUCGCGCUUCCCUGUCAGAUAUCGGCUUUGGGAAACUGGAAACGUAUGUGAAACUGGACAAACUUGGGGAGGGUACCUAUGCCACCGUCUUCAAGGGUCGCAGCAAGCUGACAGAGAACCUUGUGGCCCUGAAGGAGAUCCGGCUGGAGCACGAGGAGGGGGCGCCCUGUACUGCUAUUCGAGAGGUGUCUCUGCUGAAGGACCUGAAACACGCCAAUAUUGUGACCCUGCAUGACCUCAUUCACACAGAUCGGUCCCUCACCCUGGUGUUUGAGUACCUGGACAGUGACCUGAAACAGUAUCUAGACCACUGUGGAAACCUCAUGAGCAUGCAGAAUGUCAAGAUUUUCAUGUUCCAGCUGCUCCGGGGUCUGGCCUACUGCCACCGCCGCAAGAUCCUGCACCGGGACCUGAAGCCCCAGAACCUGCUCAUCAAUGAGAGGGGCGAGCUGAAGCUGGCUGACUUUGGCCUGGCCCGGGCCAAGUCAGUGCCCACAAAGACGUAUUCCAAUGAAGUGGUAACCCUCUGGUACAGGCCCCCAGAUGUGCUGCUGGGAUCCACAGAGUACUCCACCCCCAUUGACAUGUGGGGCGUGGGCUGCAUCCUCUAUGAGAUGGCCACCGGGAAGCCCCUCUUCCCAGGCUCUACCGUCAAGGAAGAGUUGCACCUCAUCUUCCGUCUCCUGGGCACUCCUACAGAAGAGACAUGGCCGGGUGUGACGUCCCUCUCCGAGUUUCAAGCCUACAACUUCCCCCGGUACCUGCCACAGCCGCUGCUCAGCCACGCUCCCAGGUUGGAUACUGAAGGCAUCAACCUCCUGGCCAGCCUCCUCCUGUACGAAUCCAAGAGUCGCAUGUCAGCAGAGGCAGCCCUAAGUCACCCGUACUUCCAGUCUCUGGGAGAGCGUAUACACCAGCUUGAUGACACUGCCUCCAUCUUCUCCCUGAGAGAGAUCCAGCUCCAAAAGGACCCAGGCUAUCGUGGCCUGGCCUUCCAGCACCCAGGGCGGGGGAAGAACCGUCGGCAGAGCAUCUUCUGAGCCAUGCCCACCCUGCUGCAACUCAAGGGACGAGAGGCCACACGGAGCGUGAAUUCAGGAAGUAUGGGGCCUGUGUGGCCAUCCGAGGGCUGAACAAUGAACGCCUGUGGCCAGUCUGGAGGACCACUUGGCAGCCCUGGUGGUAGCAGUUACUUCCUUUCCUUGCUUGCCACAUACCUCUGUGGUGGCCUCUACCUGGACACCAACCCCUUUGUCACCCGCUGUGGGAUGGGGCGUGAGCUGCUUCCCUGAGAGGAAGUGAGGGUCAAGGGGGGGACCUGGGACCCUUUCCCAGCUGGAGUGCAGGGGAACUUGGGGGCCCUGGGCUUGCCUGGCUCAUCAGCUGACAGCCCCUUUGGACAUUCGCUUUACCUUCUUCCCCUCCAAGAACAAGGAAUAUUCUAGGAACAAGGCACUGGGACCCUGGAAUUGUGCCAGUGUAUGUGCUAACCCCACCCAAAGGCAGACAUCCCUGGAGCGUCAAAAAGAAAAAAGAAUAGUAUCCCCUCUUGUCACCACCCCCAACAUGCUACUGCCCCUCGGUGCUGGAAGCCCUUAUACCCUCUGGCUUGAACCAAGGCUAAAAAGCACCAGCAUGCUGCCCCUGCCCAACUGCACCUGGAUGUGGUCUGGUCCUCCCAGCCGUACUCCUGCCGCCUCAGCCACCCCCCUGCCCAUCCCCCAGUCUGGAAAGGGUUGCCUUAACUGGCAGGUGGUAGAGUGCACACUGUUCUUGGAGCUCUGGCCUGUGUCCCUCCCCCCUAAGCCGCUCGCACGGGUGUUAUCAACCCUGAGGGAUGAUAAGUCAACCCUGUCUCAGGGUCCUGUGGCUGGCACCCAGAUAUGCAAGGUCACCCUGAUGCUGGUACCAAGGUGGCCUCGGCUCUUUGGGGCUGGUGCAGCCUUUCCCCCAUGCCCCACCUCCUUCCUAGCCCUGUCCGCCUGACCCUGGCCCCAGCCUCUAGAGAGGGCAGUCCUGAGAGUAAGGAUGCUGGCACCACAGCAUAAGCUGGAGAAGGAGCCCUUCCUCAGCACCCCUCCCAUGUUCCAGGGCCUCCCCAACACUUGGCUGAACUUGAAGGGCAAAGGCCAAGGGGAGGGCACGCCCAUGUUUUCUCCACGGGCCCCACCCCCACCCCAACCCCUUGGAGCCUGGGUUCUCCCUGACCCCCUUCCCCACUGACUGUGAAUGUCCUGUGACUCAGAGCAAAGACAGAGAAUAUAUUUAAUUCAUGUUGUA